AUGAGUAAUUCGAGCACUGAGAUUACAAGCGAGUGUACAUCUGAUACUGCCCAACUAAUCAGUAAUGAUGAGGCUAGUACUUCAAAUUGUGCACAGUUGAACCAGACGACAGAUAUCCAGGAAUCUGAGGAAGAUGACUUACAAGGCAGUCACGGAGUUAGACGCAGACAGCCUAUACAAAAAAUUGAACCUGGGUCAAUGAAUAUUUUAUCUGCAAAAUAUGAGAGUUUAGAUUAUGAUACCUGUGAAAAUCAUUUGCUUCUUGAUGAAGAGAGAAAACGAGGAUAUGCAUUUGUUGUAUGGAAGGACAUAGCAAGAUGGUUUAUAGUGUUACUAAUAGGAGUAAUAACAGCCCUUAUUGCAUUCAUAAUUGACAUUUGCAUUGAAGAAUUCUCAAAUAUUAAAUAUGAACAACUUAAGAAGUCUGUAGAUAAAUAUGUACUGCUAGAUGAACUGUAUAUUCCAUAUUUGUUGUGGGUUUUGUCUAAUAUCUCUAUUGUGUUUGUUGGAUCUAUGCUUGUUGCUUAUAUUGAGCCUGUCGCAGGAGGCAGUGGUAUACCUCAAGUGAAGUGUUAUCUCAAUGGAGUUAAAAUCCCAAGGGUUGUCAGAAUCAAAACUCUAUUUGUUAAAGCUGUUGGGGUUAUAUGUGCUGUUGUGGGUGGACUAGCUGGAGGAAAGGAAGGUCCUAUGAUUCACUGUGGAGCAGUCGUGGCAGCAGGUAUCUCUCAGGGCAAGAGUACAACAUUCAAUAAGGACUUCAAGGUAUUUCAGUAUUUUCGUGAGGAUCACGAAAAACGAGAUUUUGUGUCUGGAGGCGCUGCGGCUGGGGUCUCCGCUGCGUUUGGAGCACCUAUUGGUGGCGUACUAUUUUCCCUCGAAGAAGGCACCAGUUUUUGGAACCAGGCCCUAACAUGGCGGACAUUUUUUGGCACAGUAGUGUCUACGUUUACUCUCAAUUUUGCGCUAUCUGCCUAUCAUGGUCAUCCCGGAGACUUGAGUUAUCCAGGUCUCCUGAAUCUCGGAAAAAUGGAGCCUUUUCCAUUUCAAAUCUACGAAUUGCCAGUGUUUAUAAUAUUUGGUGUAAUCGGAGGUUUAUUGGGCGCCCUCUGGAAUUAUAUUAACUUCAAAUUGGCUGUUUUUAGAUUAAGGUAUGUAGGUGAGCCAUGGUUACGCGUAGUCGAAGCUUGUCUGGUGGCAGCUGUCAGUGCCACCUGCGGCUUCCUCAUGAUGUUCCUUCUAAAUGACUGUCGGCCUUUGGGAGAGGAUCCCACUAAGGUGCCUCUGCAGUUAUUCUGUGCGGACGGUGAAUACAACGCAAUGGCUGCGGUAUGGUUCCAAACCCCAGAGGCGUCCGUUAGGUCCUUCCUUCACGAUCCCAUGGGUUCCUACAAACCAGGAUCCCUAGUGAUCUUCGUGGUCUCGUACUUCCUACUUUCCACCUGGACUUUUGGUUUAGCCGUCCCCAGUGGUCUUUUUAUACCGAAUUUACUGACUGGUGCCGCUUGGGGGAGGUUGAUGGCUAUUUGGAUUCAAUAUGCGAUACCGUCUAUGAGUAUAAACCCAGCAAAAUACGCUUUAAUCGGUGCAGCAGCUCAACUAGGCGGUGUUGUACGGAUGACAAUCUCCCUGACAGUAAUUAUUAUUGAGACAACGGGACAGAUAUCGAACGCUCUGCCCAUUAUCGUCACUCUGGUAGUCGCUAAGUGGAUCGGGGACUUCUUUAAUGAGGGUAUCUACGACACCUUGAUUCAGUUAGCGGGGGGUCCCACUUCUCCCCUGGGAACCCCCUCCACUAGCACACAACAUUUAUGCGUCCGAAUUGUUACGUACAGUGGCUUCCCGGUUGUCGACCCGCCGCUGGCUGAUGAGAAUGAAGUUACAACAUACAAGCGAUUGCGUGGUAUGAUUCUUCGUUCUCAGUUAAUAGUUCUCAUACAGAACAAAAUAUAUAAUGAAAAUGCCAACACUACGUGGUCGAAUCUCAAGGUCGACAUGAAUAUGUUCAGGAAGGAGUAUCCGAGAUAUCCAUCUAUAGAAGAGCUAGAUAUAUCCGAUUGGGAAUUGACAUGUACAAUAGAUCUUCGUCCGUUCAUGAAUCCGUCUCCAUACACUUUACCACAUCGAGCCUCCCUGCCUCGCCUGUUUAGACUUUUUAGGGCGUUAGGCCUUAGACAUUUGCCUAUUGUCAACGACGUCAAUGAGGUAGUAGGAAUGGUCACCCGUAAAGAUAUAGCAAGGUACAGAGUGUGGAGACAUAGAGGACACAUGGGAAUGGAGGAAUUAGUAUUGUCAAGUGAAAUAUAA